AUGACAACAUUACAGGUAUGCCUAUCGCUGUUUGGUUUGACAUUGAUGUUGGGAAUUGGAAGGCGUUUGUGGGAUAUCGAUCUAGACCUAGGCCGCGGCCAAAUCCUAGUUACGUACCUGCAGGUCCUUUUCACGACAGAACCGACCGUAGCAACUAAAGCAGCUUUACCCUUCAAAUCUGGUGCUGGAACAGGUUCAAGUAAUAUUUCGGCAUGGAGAGCGGACACCCGUAUGGCAGCUACCGGACAUUAUAUCAUGCAGAUCCUAGUACAUACAAUGCGCUUACAUUCACUAGAUUGGCCAUAUUGCAAUGCCGUCCGACAUUUUCGAGCUGCAUUUCGAGACGAAAACGGCGUCUGGUCGCAUCUGCCCUAUGAAAGGAAGCUAGAGACUUAUGGCCAGAUAGGGCAUCCUAGAUCUAUUCUUGGACCGCAGGGAAAGGCAGAGAACUUUUGUCUAGCUGGGGAAUUGACGGAUAGGGGUAGAGCUCCUAGAGACGUACCUGGAUUUGUCAACGCUUGCGUCGUCUCUAUAUCGACCAAUUGGGAUUUCUUCCAAAAGAACUUCAUGACCUUGGCGAUAUCUAUCUUAGGUAUAUCAACUAGCUUCCAAAAUGUUGUAGAUCUAUAUAGAACUGAUACUUUCGAGUUUAGGGCUACACCCGUCCCACGGGCUGGGGAGUCGCUUCACCAAGUCUAUACUGGCAUGUUCCCUCCAUCGACUGUAUCCGCGGCCGCAGGCACGCCCCAGAUCUGGAUCCGCAACGUGGCAGAUGAAAAUUUGAUGCCCAAUGAGACAGUGUGCAGACGGUAUCGGCAGCUUCAAAACGCAUUCGGGCUUGCGGCUGCCCAAAAGUGGAAUGAUACCGAAGAGUUGAAAUACGUCUCCGAAAGGAUUGGCAAAUAUGUCGCUGACGGAGUUGUCAAAGUUGACGGAACUCCUAGAUUAUCCGGCAUUAUGGACACUAUAGCUAGCACGCAUGCACAUGGUCCAUUGACUAAACUUCCCUCGGAAUUCUAUGACGAAGAACUUUGGAAAAGGGCAGAGACAGCUGUUGUCGAGGAAUGGUUUCUUGGAUAUGAGAAAUCCCUCGAAGUCCGGCGACUCGGCGUUGGGAGUUUGUUGGGAGAUGUCCGAGAUCGUAUGCUGGAGAAGUCUCUGAGCUCUCAGAAUGUGGGAAAGGAAAUCCCUGUCAAGUUGGCUCUGAUGGGCUGUCACGAUACUACUGUGGGGGGUAUCCUGGCCGCACUCGGUGCCUUUGACUGGAGAUGGCCGCCGUACACCUCGUCAGUCGCCAUUGAACUAUUUUCCUCGGCCGACAAACAGCAAACCCAACCUUCCAUAUUGGCUUCCUGGCUCCAGAGGUUUGGCCUCAAAUCGACCAGCGUUGAUCCGAAUUUGUUGAAAGGGUGGUAUGUUAGAAUGAGAUACAAUGACACUCCGGUACAAAUACGUUAUUGCAAGGCGGCGGGAAGGCAUCUCGAAGGCAACACGCAGUUUUGCACUUUAGAGGCCUUUAAGGAGGUGGUUGACAAGAUUACGCCGCAAGACUGGAAGACUGAAUGUCAGCCCCUGGCUGGAGAGAAUAAAGAUGCCCUUCCUCCACUUUCUUCAAUCCAAUUCAAUUGCAAGGCCUCCCUCACAACCUUCACCAUUCCUUCUACUCGUUACCUUCCCUUCCUCGGACGUCGCCACCGUCUGAUCUCAAAUGUGGCUACUUCGCGGCAGCUUUACGCACUGUCAAGACGAGCCGGAGUGGUCCAGAUCGCUGGUAUCGUUCCCACAGCCAGGUUGCUAGCGGGCCCUGGUCUUUCUCAACCAUCGUUGUCGUACACGCUCUCUGCACGGCGUCUGAUGGAAAACAACCAAUCACCUCCAUUCCAUCAUCCCUACGGCGCGCUGCCUCCUCAUCCCCACCCUCCUCUUCAUCAUUCUUACCUGUACCCAAACGACCAUAAUUCCGGGUAUUUGCCGUAUAUUGUGAGCCAAUAUCCUUCCGUUUACAAUCAGGAACUUCAGCCCGCAUCAUCAUUUCCUCAUCUGACAUCGACACCGACACCGACAUAUCCUGUUCCCAUUUCACCAAUCACACCAAUUUCACUAACCGCACCUCCAUAUCAUACUCAGGUAUCCCCAUUAACACCCCAGAUUCUUCCUACGAAUUCACUACAAACCCGAAACACGUCAUCCUGGAAAUCUCCCCCUCCUCCUCACGAGAAGUCGUCAAAUAUCAGAUCGGUUUCUCACUCCCCUCCUCCUCCAGUCACAACAUUGGCGCCAACGACCUCCCUCCCUCUAAAACCUAAAAAGGCCAAAACUGCGGCUCGUAUAGCGCGUGAAAUGGCGAGGAAACUCAAGCACAGGGAACGGAGGCGAAUGGGCAGACGAGAACGUCGGAUUGCUUCUAAGAAAGGUGAUGGUGAAGGCGAGGAGCAAAUAAUGGGAUCUGCUUCCGAUGAAGGGUUGGAAAACGGGAGCGAGAGUGGUGAGCUUGACAGUGGCUCGCCUCAAGCGGGCCAUUUGGAUGGGUUCGUGGCCGGGAAAAUGUACGACCUGGAUGGAACUGGCUCAGAUGACGGUUACACUCCAAAACUAUCAGCAACCUCGAUCAAAGGUGGUGACCGAUCAUCCCUCGAACCAGAAAGAAUUGUAAAGGAAUUCACAGAUGGCCCUAGUUCAAGGCGUUCCUCAUUGAUGGCCUCUGAGGCUGAGGGCGGCGCCGUUCUUCCUAGUCGUGCUAACGGACUAGGCUUCGAUGGGACUCAUGAUCGUAACCCCGAUGACCAUACGAGAGACCCGACCAGUCCAGUCUCCCAUCCCCCUUCUGGCCCCCGCUUCCGACCACCUUCUGGCCCACGUAGUCAGGAGACUUAUCAGUUUGGAAGAGGGGACAGGGGGACGGGUAGAAACCGUCGUGACGAAGAAACCUUUAACUUUCAUUCAGAUAGCCGGGGGAUGCACUUCCCCCAAACAGAAUCUGGUUUCCGUGAAAGAAGACCAUGGGAUAACGAUCGCCGACACGGUGACAGACGAGGGUUCCAUAGUGAUGCUCCGCGCCGUCAUUAUGACCAUGACCGUGAACGACCUGCUUGGGGUCCUACUCCCGCUCACGAACGCCCAAUUUUACACGUGGGAAGAGCAGCAACACCAGAACAGUACCCAGCUAUGGUUGCUGCAAAACGUCAGAGAAUGGAUGAGGGGGAGACCGAAAUGGAUCUUGACAGCGAGAGCGACUCGUCGAUUGCCGACAAAGCCAUUAUUCUUCCUUCAGCAGUGCCAGAAGAUAAUCAAGAUGCCGCGCCAAUGGAAUCUGAGAAAACAAUAGAAGGUAAUGGAGCUGAAGUUGGCAAAGUUCUGCCUGGUCACACUAGUGAUGGCAAGGCUGGGAAAAAAUUAGAUGUUAUCUCCAUGAUUCGGCAAGCAAAGAAGGAUCUCCUUGGCAACCGUAAGGACAAUGCGGCAGAAGCUGGUGAUUUUAUUUCUCUAUCAGGCCUUGAUGAUGAAUUUAGAACUACUACAUUGGAUAGCAAUAUACCCACAGGGCCAAGGGCUGGGAAUACCAGGAAUUACGAUCCUAGGGCCGCAGCACGCUUAGUUGAUCGGGGAGUUGCUCCUGGCACAAACGCUCCAUCUGCACCUUUACCACCACCCCCAGGGCUUGGGGGGCCGCCACCCGGGCUUGGGCUUAGUUCUAACACUCCUAGGAAGCGAACUUUCUCGGAAAUGGAACCACCGCCUAUUGUUCUGAAGCAAUACCCAUGGCUCAAACCAGAUAGUGUCACGGAUCAUUCAAAUAGUCUCUAUACCUCGGUCUGGCUACAUAAAGAAAUCGUUGACUUCCAUGAUUACAUCAAACCCCAACAAUAUGAGCAUAUUGUACGCCAUGAUCUUGUGCGCCGACUCAGGGAGCUCAUCCAAUCACGUUUUGAUGAUGCUGAUAUCCAGGCAUUCGGAUCCUUUGCAGCUGAGAUAUAUCUUCCGACUUCCGAUAUGGAUAUCGUUCUGCUUUCCCGACAAUAUCUGGAAACAUCAAGGCCUAAAUAUGACUCCGUGAACGAAAUCAGAAAGCUCGCUAGGAUACUAAGAAAUUCAGACCUUCCACAAUCAGGGACACUCGUUCCGAUUCUUUCUGCAAAGGUUCCCAUCAUCAAAUACAAAGACCGACUAACAGGUCUGAGUGUCGAUAUCUCGUUCGAAAACCCGAGUGGCUUGAUCGCAAUUCGUACCUUUAAUCAAUGGAGACAAGUUUUCCCGGAAAUGCCGAAGUUAGCACUGCUGUUGAAACAGUUUUUAGCUAUCCGAGGGAUCAAUGAACCUUUCAAUGGCGGUCUUGGUUCAUUUUCCCUUAUUUGCAUGAUUGUCAGUAUGCUGCAGCUGAUGCCUGAAGCUUCUUCCGGGAACUGGCAUGAAGGAGAAAAUGUUGCAUUGGGACGUGCUCUCAUGGAGUUUUUGGAUCUUUAUGGAUCUAAAUUUAACACUGAGACUACCGGUAUUAAGGUUCGAGAGCCAGGGUACUUCAAAAAGUCCAAAAGGCGUGAUUUUUUCAACCCGGGUAAACCUUACCUUUUAGCUAUCGAAGACCCCAAUGACCCCACGAACAAUAUCUCGAAGGCAUCUUAUAGAAUUCUUGAUAUUCAAAAGCAGUUUCACGAAACCUACCACCGGCUAAGCAGCCGAAUGAAUGAAUUGCACGACAUGCCAUUUGAUCUUCGGAAGUACGAGAGUAUCCUCGCGCCCGUGGUGGGCAGGUUUGACUACACCCCUAUAAUCAAGCAAAGGAAAAUUAUGGAACAAGUCUUCCUCAGCCGCAAGUUGGGAACACCCGAGGAGCUAAGAAGACUAGGCGGAUUAACAGCGCCUGAUGGGGGUGAAUUACCGCUGCCAGUUCCGUCCUGGAGCAAUAACUUAACUUCCACAGGUAACGGGCCCAAUGCAGGCCCUUCGGGGUCGAAUCCCAAAUCGUUUUUAAAGGCUUUGAAGAAGCAAAGGCGUGCAGCAAAGGUUAAGAGCCGGUCGGAUCAGCCCAAUGCCCCAUCAAAUUCCUCUGCUGGUACAGCAGGCAAGAAGAAAAAGGAGAAGAAAGAAAAGAAAGGGAAGAAACAAGGCAAGCAAGCGGCCUAA